AUGCCACAAGCUAGCUACUACACCGACUUGAGUCUGAUUAACACAGUACGUUCCAAACUAUUAACAUGCACUAGGAAGAGAAAACAAGAACGUAAAGAUUUCAAUCUACGGGUCUUGAUUGGACACGCUAGUCUUUUGGACAGAUUGCUCGAUGAGUAUGAAGAGCGUGUGAAUGCCUCACAUAAUGGUAACGACGAAGUGGAAGGAUAUGGUGAUAAUUAUAUUCUAAGCACACCAAAGCAACCACACAGCACUAUUCUGUAUCAACCAAAACCUCGACACCCAGACCAAAUUCAUCAAAAGCAAUCUCAGCGACGUGCUCCACAGGCUGUGUCAGUGUAG